AUGUUACAAUCCGGUGCUCCUCCUGGUUGGCUGCGUAAAUCGAUUGACGAGUGAUCGUGGAUUUACUCUGGCAUGUCUAUUUUCGAUGGUCACUCGAUGGUCAGAAGAUAACCUGCUUCGAGCGAAUUAACGAAAAGAGGUUUGUUUUCCUAGUGAAAUGAACGGGAUCGUGCGUUUGACUUUUUCUUUCUUUUCCUUCGUUCUGCCUCGUUCACGACUUUCACGACUUGCCACGCGUACACGCUUCCAACGGCUUCCACUUGUCAGAAUCGUCGUUCGUCUGUAAACCGGAAAUUGCCUAGAGAAACGGAAAUCGAACGCUCGUGUCGGGAAGCCGAUACUCUUUCUCUCACUUACUCGCACAUUGUCUCAUCUCGCGAUAUGAUAUUCUUUUAUCGCCCGUUGAGAUUGCAAGGAUAACAGAUACGCUCCGCGUGUUGAGAAAGAGAGAAAAAAAAAAAAUUACGGAGAAGACACUCUCGCGUUGAUUACGACGGAAAGAGGAGACUGCACGCGUGAAAAUAUGUUACGUUCGAUGUACUCUGUACAUUGACUCGUUGCGCGAUUCACCAUUGUAUCACGUAAACCGGAUGUCGGGAGUAGGAAAUAUGAGUUAUUGGAAAUAAUUGCACACAAGACGAGUGGUUGUUGCAAAUAAUCGAAAAAAAAAAGAAAGAAAGUCUCAAUUCACUUUUGCUUAAUAUCACGUUUUUAAACAUCUUAUAGUCACGAUGUAAAGAAUUUCGUAAUUUCGUAAGUAUACCGGUGUAUACUGUUUUUUUUUUUUUUUUUUUUCUUUCCUUCUUUUUAUAGAGGAAAAUCCAUAGGAUCUAGUAUUGUAGCGUGUAUAGUAUUUGAUAGUCGGUGAGCUGAUUGUCUUUUGGAGAAGCCUAAAGCAUUCGCGAAUUAGCGAAAGGUAAUACGUGUAAAAUCACGAUUUAAUCACGAUGUUUUCACAUCGGCCAUUGACAAGGUUACGAGAUUCUACUAUCCCAUUGAUUCCGUAAAAUUUCCAUCGAGUCGUAUCGUCUUAUAUUCGGAAUUUAAUUCGGCGGGUAAUGCCCGGAAAAGCGGACGUUUCUUCGUGGGAACGUUCGAACGCGUUCUUCGUCAGCAGUUUCAUUAGGAAAGAAAAAAUGGCGGCCGUGGCUUCGUAGAUCGCGCGACCACCGAGUAAUGCCGUGCUCGCACUUCCGUAAUGUGCACCAGCGCGCUAUUCCCUGCUGAAAUCUCGUAGACAGACCGUCAAGACCUCGUGGUUUCUUCUUAUUGACAGGAAUUAUGCUCGAGACGAGAAUCGCUCGCCCGACUCUGUAAUUUGCAGUCGUGAGAAAACGAAAUCGCUUUCGAAAGAGAGAAAAGAGGAAAAGAGAUCGUUCGUAAGAGAAGUACACACGCGACGAUAAAGUAAAGUGGCUUGACGUUGAUGUCAUCGGGAGGAAGACGACGACUGCAUAGGUCGGCAAGAAGAAGAAGAAGAAGAAGAAGAAGAAGAAGAAGAAGAAGAAGAAGUGAAUGUUGUACCGUUUUUUUCUCUUUUCUUUUCUUUUUUCGCCCGGAUCUACGACUUUAAAGGAUCACAUAUGAAUAAAAGGGUGUCUCGAUGCGCGAUAGGGAGACGACAGGGCGGACGUGGGACAGAGUAAAUUUUGUCCAAGAUGUCAGGAAGGCUGCCACGGCUGCGUGCACUUCGUCCACGACCCCAGCAGUUCAAAACUGAGCCGCAUAAGGAAGGUAACCUUAAAGAGAACCGUCAGGAGGUCGUGAUGAGAGAGCACGAGUUGCACAGCGACACCGAGGACAUGUCGUACAGUGUCAGAGACGAAGGUCUGGUGAAGAAUAAUCUGAAGCACGAGCACGAGGAACUCGAUUUGGCCUCCUCGUCGAAUUACGAGUGCAAGAUGUGCAAACCCCCGAAGCCUUUGCCGAGCGUGAAGGCGUAUCUCGAUCAUCUGAAGAAAGAGCACAAACAGAAGGGAAAAUUCACACGAAACAUUGGAAACCGAUGUUCCAUGUGCUCAUAUGUUGCAUUGAACUCGAGGGAUCUUGAAACUCAUCAAAGAGUACAUCAUCUAAAGAGGAGGUUUUUCAGGUGUGCUAAGUGUUCAUAUGUAACUCAUGUACGUGCUCGUUAUACAAAGCAUGUGAAGUAUCACUCUAUGCCAAUGAUCAAGUGCGAUGCCUGUGAUUUUCGUACACCGUAUAAGUGGAAUUUAGAUAGGCACACUAGAAAUCAUGGAGGAGGAGGAGCUUUUCAAUGUCGUGCUUGUAACUUUACAGCUGAUAUUAGACAAAGUUUAACAGUACAUGAGACUAAUCAUCAUGAACCUCCUGUGAGUCAGACAAACCGCAAGUCUGCUAUACCUUUUGAACGUAAACUAAGAAAUAAUCCUAAACGUUACAAUCAGGUGGGUGCAAGUGAUUUUCGGGAAUCACUACAUAUACCUGGAAGUACAACAGUUUCACUCAGCUCUGGAGAUUCGUUUAUUUCUGAUCAAUCUAUGGAAGACAAAAGAAAUGCAAUAGCCAAUGCAGAGUGUAUAGCGUUGAAGUGCGAAGAAAAAGGAUGCCAGUUCAUCACUGCAUGGGAUUCAGAGAUGCAACGACACUUGGCGGAAUGUCAUGCUCCGAUUACAUCAAACAAAUCCAGAAAACCACUGCCAAUGUUAAUUCCAUUGAGUCCUGCUAAACUGAACUCCGGCGGGCCUUCAGCGACGUUGUUAAAAGUUCCACGUGUUAGAGUAAGACCAGAACUCGCACAAAUCGCAAGAGACACUGAACUAGCGAAACUAUAUGGAAGUAAAGAAGCCAGCAACUUAAAGAAGGAUGCGAAUAACGCAGCAGAUUUAUUUGAAAAAAAAAACGCGUCCUUCUUUGAUAAGCUUAAGGAAAAGCUUACAACGACAGCGUCAAUUAAUAACGGAGUACCGGAGGUAGCUGUAAGUACUACGAACGAUUUGAAAUGCUGGUGUACUUUUAAAGCUAGUAGCAUGGAAGAGCUGGCUUGUCACAAACAAAUACACCACACUGCUCUCAGUGUAUCUGUGGGCACAACGCGUUGCCCGAAGUGCAGGAGACGUUGCAAAAGUUCGACUGAUCUACAAGUGCAUAUGCAGUGUUAUCACUCGACAAGCAACGAUACGUCAAUACACAAUAGCUUAGAAAAAUUAUCAAAUUGUUCAGAACUCCGUGUGACCUCGUAUCGCGGUGAAUAUGCAUUCCCAGAGCAAACGGAUUGGGACGUUAAUCUCAGCGGACAGAAUUCUUCUGGAUCAUCGGUUGAAGGUUCCUCGACGCAUCCAAGUGGCCGACGGGUAUUCAAAUGCCCGCAUUGUCCAUUUUGGGCAUCCACCGCAAGUCGUUUUCAUGUUCAUAUAGUCGGUCAUUUAAAUCGGAAGCCAUUCGAGUGUUCUCUAUGCGCGUAUCGCUCUAACUGGCGGUGGGACAUCACAAAACAUAUUAAACUUAAAGCAGCUAAAGAUCCAGUUCAUAUGACUGCCAGGGUACUUAUGACGGAUGAAACAGGUCGACGGAAUUAUUCCAAAUAUAACAAAUAUCUUUCACAGGUUGAGCAACAGUCGUGGGACGAUCAAAACAUAGAGGAACACAGUGUCGAAGAGAUGAAUUGCGAUGAGCCGCCAACCAAAUUAUUGAUAAUGAGUAGCAACGAAUGUCUACAGACGUCAGACCUCUCGUCAUCUCCCAUUUCCAUUGUGUCGCCGAACGAAGGAAACCAUAAUUUUAACACCAUUAAUAUAGGAUUGAAACCGCCACCGCUUCUUAAAGCUGUUGCGAGAAAUCGAGGUCAAUCUUUACUUAAAAACAAUUUAAUUUCCCCUCACGCUCAGUUAAGUGGAUCGUCGACAGCCACGAUUAUGGAGGAAAACAAACGCACAAUGUGGAAAUGCAAACGUUGUAACUUUCGACAUUCCAAUAGAGAGAUCGUCUCCAUGCAUGUUAAAUCUCACAGUGAGCCGACUGUCCAACGUCACGGAGAAGACAAAAGUGCAUUUAGUUGUGGAGACUGUCCAUUUUCUGCAUCUGAUGCAGCAACGUUGUCGAUGCACAGAGUUCAUCAUCGCCCAAACUUGGAGGCUAUCUUUAAAUGUUAUUUGUGCCCGUACUAUGUCAGCACAAAAGCAGAACUUUUGGAUCACGUCAGACUUCACGGAGAGGAACUCGCCGUUGUGCACCAACAGGCUAUAGACUAUAGUCUCUCUGGCAACUCUAAAACACAUCGAGUUUUAAGCACCGAGAACAGAUUCUUAUUCCGACUGAAACAUCACCUGCUUUCAGGUACCAAUCGCUCUAAGCAAGAGAAGUCUGUGGAGCAAGUGAUCCACAUAACGACGCAAAGCAACGUGACUUGUUUCAGCAACGUUUCAAAGAAUUCCGGAGCACCACCGCCACCGCCAUUGCUACUCGAUACGCGUGCACUGCCCGAAGCUCCAUUAGUAUGGGUGUCCCGACCAGACGGUAUCCUCGCGAAGAUGUUGAAAUGUCGCCACUGCCCGUUCGUGUCGUCACGACGGGCGGAAGUUCGCGAUCAUGAAACGAUGCACCUCGAUUCGCCCAGCAACGGCCCUGUGAUCGCUUGUACAGACUGCAGUUUCACUUGCACGCGGCGAGAGGUCAUGGUUGCCCACACGGACAUGCAUUCCGGGUCUCUGGGCACGAUUCACUGUCUGGUGGACGACUCGAGGCCAGACUCGCAGCAACUGAGCGACUUGACUGCGCUUCUCGGCUUCUCUCAUUCGCCGGUGUUAGGCUCGGAGCCUGACUUACGAGACUUAAGACUUGUGUACUGCUGCAGCAAAUGUCCAGCGCGGUUCCUCUGCGAGAAGGAGCUGAGAAUACAUUUAAGAUACCACUCUACGGAGUUAGCUUACUCUUGCCAAUGGUGUUCAUAUACCGCUCGGCAGCCAGCUCAUCUUCUAGCUCACCAGAAAGCCCAUUCCACGGAGUAUCAGGAGCGCACGAAAUAUUUAUUGUCCCUGUACGGCCAGUCACAGCGUUAUCCACCGCCGACGACGGCCUGCGUCGAGUCGAACAAUCAAGACUCGAGUAAUUCGACGCCUGCUGUCGCGUGGAUCGUAGUCGAGGUCACUGAAAGCUCCAGCAGCGGUUUCAACAGCAACGCGAGCAACGCGAGUGGCCAACGAACCGGGAACCAGGUGUUCACCUGUGCCAAAUGCCCGGCUCGUUACUUCAAGUUGGACGCACUGGAAUAUCACAUGACCCUGCACGGGUCGAACAACAGGUUCAAAUGCACCGAGUGCGACUACUCGUCGAAAACGGCCCAGAAUUUGGUGAAGCAUCAGGUGGUUCAUCGACGUCAGAACGAGGCGAGCGACUUGAUCUCGAAUCUGUCGCCUCCUCCUGACCCGCAGUUCGGACUGUUCAUGCGUGGCAACCCGAACUUCGUGUACCCUGGCUAUCUGAGGAACGGCCGAUUGAAGGAGAAACGGUACAAAUGCCACAAGUGUCCCUCCGCCUUCGAGAAGCGAGAACAGUACCGAGUUCACCUGACUCUGCACGGCGCCAAGCAGAGAUACCGCUGCGACACGUGCGACUACUCGGUCAAGUAUUACGCCAAUUACAUACAACACCUGAAGAAACAUCAGGCGAACGCGGAGGCGCAAGCCUCGCGCAGACAGUUCGAGGACGAUACGAUCACCAUCGACAGCGACAAUGUAUCCGACAAUGUAUCCGGUGCUAAUUCACGUCCCGGCAAGACGUUGAAAUCGCCCAACAACUCCACCUCAAUCCUCUCCCCGAAUGGCGCGUCCGUGUUGAAUCUAGGCGGUGCUCAAGCCUCGAAUCAAGACAAGCAGUCGCUCAUGCUGCUGCAGAAGAAGGGGAUACUUUUGUCCUCGAACGACGAGGUGGAGACGCUGCACUGUCAGAGCUGCCCGUUCUCUACGUGCGACAAAGACGCGAUGGACGCCCACAAGCGUCGACACGGCAUCGAGAGGAUGACACCGUCGUGUCCCCACUGCGACUACAUACCGCGAAAGGACGAGAACGUCGGCGAGCACAUUAGGUUACAUUUCACCAGGCUUUACAAGCCGGAGUCCUAUCUCAUUAUAGAGUUGUUAACGCUGACAAUGAGGAAAGUCACCUCGAACGGCAAGGAGGAGAAGCAAAAGGCUGCCGAGUUACUUUUCAAGGAGUACGCCGAUGGGAGAUUCUUCCCCUUCACCGAUAUCAAUUCAUUCGGUGGUUCCUCCGCCGUCAGCAGUUACAAGGAGAAGGUCAUCGUGGACCCGAACACGGGCGAGACGAAGCACUUAGCUAUUUAG